UUCAUUUCUUCAAAAGUCAAUUCUGUAAUUCAGUCAGAACUCCCAGCAUCCAAUCAAAAUGGUGAAUUGAAACCCUCCGAUAAUCUUUUACACAACUGACAUUCGCAGACUAUGACCACCACAGUCGUUUCAAAACCAUCAGAAGUCGAUAUCCUUAUUCUCGGAGCUGGAUGGACUUCCACCUUCUUGAUUCCUCUACUACAAGUGCAGGAUACUAAAUAUGCGGCCACCACAACGACGGGCAGAGAUGGAACUUACAAGUUCAAAUUCGAGGUUGAUGAGAGCCAUAAAGACCUUGAGCAGUAUGAAAUCUUGCCUGCUACCAAGACCCUUCUUAUUACGUUUCCGCUGAAGGGAAAACACGAGAGCGCACAUCCUGUGAAUUCUUACAUGAAGGCCCAUAGCAAUUCUGCUGUUAAUGUUAUUCAAUUGGGAAGCAGUGGCAUUUUUACUAUCCCUGGCCAGGAGAUGUGGGUCACGAGAAAAUCAAAGGUAUAUCAGCAUUUGUAGCUUUGUCUUUGGGCUCCUUCAUCUGAAACUGGCAGGAAUCAUUCAUUACUAGUACAGCUGGAAUGGAAAGAAUCGUUGCUAAUUUGUGGGUAGUACGACACUACAAAUGCCCGUGCUCAAGCUGAGGACGAGCUUAUUGGCAUGGGUGGGGCAGUUCUCAAUCUUUCUGGUCUUUGGGGAGGUGCAAGACAGCCCAAAAACUGGAUUGAUAGAGUUGCAGCUACCAAAGAGCAGCUCGCAAGCAAAACAUCGCUACAUAUGAUCCACGGACUCGACGUGGCCAGGAGCAUUAUUGCCGUCCAUAAAAACUUUUCCAAAGCCAAGGGUCAAAGAUGGGUAAGUCCUGGGACUCGAUUUUCCUCAAAACAGGCUACAGACAGUUCUUGGAACAUGUUACUGACACAAGUCAUAGUUAUUGACAGAUACUAUUGUGUACGAUUGGUGGGCCUUGAUCCUGGGAUUCUCAGGACAGCUUGACGAAGAGAAUAAGAACACGGAAAGAGAGAACUCGCAAAUAAAAUGGAUUGGUGAGCUGAUGAAUGAGCAAGAGGUCAAGGCAUUACCAAGAUCGAUGGAGCAGCUAGGAAGAUGUUACGAUGUUCGUGAAUUUUGGACUACCUUUGGUCUUAUGCCUAUUAGAGGGAGAUUAUGUUAGGCCAUCAAUGAACGUGUAAAGUCCAAAGUCC